AUGAAAAGGCUUUUUCGAUCUCGUCUACCACCGGCAUUGACAUCUACUCAAAUAAAUAGCUUAGCUAAAGAAUCUCAUGUAGCACCAGAAGAUAUUAAAGACUGGUAUGAUCGUUUUAAUCAUUGUUAUCCACGUAGUUAUCUUUCUUAUAAAGAAUUUAUAAGUUAUUUGGAACAAGUUAAUACUCAAAAUGGAAAUGAUAAUCGUCUUACAAAAUCAAUGGUUAAACAAUUGUUUAAUGUAUUAGAUUUAAAUGAAGAUAAACGUUUAAAUUUCGAAGAAUUUUUUCUUUUUAAUACAGUAAUUAAUCAAGGUUCAUUAGAAGAUAAACUUAAAUUAAUAUUUCGUUUAUAUGAUCGAGAUCAAAAUAAAUAUUUAACACGAGUACAACUCGAAAAUAUUUUAUCAAAUAUGUUUGAUUUAUUAAAUCUUUCUAAAUCAAAAAAUGGUUUAUCACAAAAUAUUGAUGAAAUAUUAACUCGUACUAAUUUUAAUAAUCAAAAUACAAAAAUAAGUUGGCAUACAUUUAGUACAUAUGUUCUAAAUGAUCCAUUAUUAUUUUCAAUUUUGGUAUCAAAUGAUUUUGAUGACUAUAAAUCUGACGAUGACUUUAGCUGCAUAGUAACACGAUUUUGA